AUGCCAGAGGCACUCCACCUCCACCCGGACAUCACCUUCCACCAUCGCCGGAGAUAUGUCCACCGAGGGUCUCGCCGGAAUUUCCAGCUGGGCAGCUCCACGGCGAUCAUGUCCCUCUGGUCCAGUCUUCGACCGCGAACUCGUCGCUCUCCACUCUCCAUCGGCCGGGCUGUCAACCAUAACGUGCUAGCCUGCUUAGCUCGGUCGGCUAACACCACCACCAACUGUGACAGCACGCCUCUCAACUUUGCCCUGCUCAACAUUCGCUCGCUGACAGACAAGGGUCACCUCAUCCAGGACUUCAUCACGGACCGUAAAUUGGACUUCUUCUGCCUGACAGAGACGUGGCAACAGCCCCAAGACUUCUCACAGCUCAAUGAAUCCACGCCUGACGGGUUUGUUUACAUCUGUCAACCCCGUGCUUUCGGACGGGGAGGUGGUCUCGCGAUAAUCUAUCGCGAGAAGUGGAAAGUCUCGCCGGUAUCUGUGCCUGUCUCUGCCUCAUUCGAAUCCACUGUCUGUGAGCUGUCUGGACCCACUCCAGUCAUCAUCGCCGCUGUCUACCGCCCUCCUAAACCGAACAGUGACUUUUUAACUGAUUUUGCUGUUUUUCUCACCCACCUAUCCUCUCUGUCCCCACACAUAAUCCUACUAGGCGACUUCAAUAUCCACAUGGACAACAUCAACCUGCCUCUCACCAAGGAUUUCACCUCCUGCCUACAGAGUUUUGGCUGUCAGCAGCAUACUAACAUUCCUACCCAUUCCAAAGGACACACUCUGGACUUAGUCUGCUGUUCUGGCGUCACUCCCCUUGACCUAACAGCUGAUGAACUCCCCAUAACGGAUCACUUCCUCCUCACCUUCACUGUGAAUCUCACUCUCUCUAUCCGUAAAACACCUCGUGUCAUCUCUUACAGGAAUAUAAAGAAAAUCAACCCCACCACCCUGACUACAACUAUCAACUCCUCCUCCCUCCUCAACAUUCAUAGUCUGUCCACCCUUGAUGAUCUGGUCUCCAAUUAUAACACUGGACUUCAUACUAUCCUUGACACUCUCGCCCCGUUAAAAAACAAAUCUGUCUCCUUCACCGUCUCUGCUCCUUGGUUCACUCCCGACCUCCGGCUCAUGAAAGCCAGAGGUCGGCAGCUUGAACGCCUUUACAGAAAAACUGGUCUCACAAUACACAAAGAAAUGUACAAUAAUCAUCUCUUAAGUUAUAAGGAUUCAAUUUACACCGCCAAAUCACAAUACUAUUCCAACCUAAUCACAGCCAACAAAGGAAACUCCAAAUCACUUUUCUACAUUCUUAACAAGAACACCAAAUCCCAGGACUCUCUCCCCGCCCACCUAUACACCACAUCCUUCUGUAAUGCCAUCAUGUCAUUUUUCAAUGAAAAAAUCAAUAAAAUUCACCAUAAUCUUGGUACAUUGCCUCCCCAUACCCCCCCCCCUGCCCCUCCCCCAUCCAUACUUUCCCUUUCCUCAUUUUUGCUCCCCACUCCUACAGAAAUCUCCGUUCUAAUCAAGAAAUCCAAACCUUCCACCUGUCAACUGGACCCCCUCCCCACUCAACUUGUUAAAAUCUGUCUUCCCUCUCUGGCCCCCCUCAUCACUGCCAUCAUCCACUCCUCUCUCACCACUGUGUUUACCCCAAUUCUAAAAAAACCUGGUGCUGACCCCUCCAUCUUCAACAACUUCCGUCCCAUUUCCAAUCUACCCUUCAUUUCCAAAAUCCUUGAAAAAACAGUUGCAUCUCAGCUCCACUCUCACCUAUCCCACAAUAACCUGUAUGAACAGUUCCAGUCUGGUUUCCGCCCACUCCACAGCACUGAAACAGCACUCACAAAAAUUACUAACGACCUCCUCAUGGCUUCUGACUCUGGACUCCUCACCAUCCUCAUCCUCCUCGACCUGUCUGCAGCUUUUGAUACCAUCUGUCACACCACCCUUCUCAGUCGACUAACCUCUAUUGGCAUCUCCCACACUCCCCUUGACUGGUUCACUUCCUACCUCUCCGGGCGCACGCAUUUCGUGCAGCUCAGGUCCCUAAAAUCCCCUCCCCUGGAGUAG